GGAUCCCCUUUGCCAACAGGGGAUGUUUUAGAAGUCUGGUCCUUGAAGAUAGAAAAGUUGAAGAAAAAAGGAAGUACUGGAGAAGUUAUUUACCUGCUACUCUUGAGAAAGGGCUCAAGUGGUGAGGAGAAAUCAGCCACAAAAGAACAUAAUCAAGACCUGAAAGGAGAUGGGCCUCAAUAUGCAAACACAGCGAUCAACAACCAGACUCCCUGCUCAGCCACGAUCCGCACCUAUAAGGCUGCCAGCCCGGAAAUGGAGCGCAGUGGCAGUCCAGAGAGACGAGACCUGGGAAUUUCCUUCAUCUCAGGGAAUGUCAUGACCAUUCCAGAGGGUGACGUGUUUGGGAGAUGUCGUCCAGUCACGGAUUUCGAGAAACUGAAUCGAAUUGGACAGGAUCGAGGAAAGGAUACCUUGACCAAUGAGAUUGUGGCAUUGAAACGGCUGAAAAUAGACAAGCGAAGUGGAGAUGGGUUCCCAAUCUCUAGCCUACGAGAAGUGUCCCUUCUUCUAAAGUGUCACCAUGAAAACAUUGUGAAUCUGAAGGAAGUAGUUGUAGGAAGGAGUCUUGAUAGUGUGUUCCUAGUCAUGGAAUAUUGUGAGCAGGAUUUAGCCAGUCUCCUUGACAAUAUGAAUGCUCCCUUCAAUGAAUCCCAAGUGAAAUGCAUCCUACAACAAGUGCUGAAAGGGCUUGGUUACCUCCAUUCCAAUUAUAUUGUUCAUCGGGAUCUGAAGGUAUCAAACCUUCUUCUUACUGACACUGGGAUUGUGAAGAUUGCUGAUUUUGGGUUGGCAAGAUUCAUGGGGACAGGUGAAAAGCCAAUGACUCCUAUGGUGGUUACUCUGUGGUACAGAGCUCCAGAGGUUCUCCUUGGUGCAAAGACUCAGACUUCAGCUGUGGACAUGUGGGCUUGUGGAUGCAUAUUUGGUGAGCUGCUGCUUCACAAGCCUUUAUUGCCUGGGAAGUCAGAACUUCACCAGUUGGAGCUGAUAGUGGACCUGUUGGGUUCCCCCAGUGAAUCCAUAUGGCCUGGGUUCUCUUCCCUCCCAGCCCUGCAGAAUUUCACCAUCAAAUCUCAGCCUUACAAUCACCUUAAGGUCAAGUUUCCAAAUCUGUCACCUGCAGGACUCAAACUACUCAACUUCCUGUUUAUGUUUGAUCCCAAAAAAAGGGGAACUGCAGAACAGUGCUUGGAGAGUCAAUACUUUCAAGAGAAUCCCUUUCCUUGCAGUCCAUCGCUGAUGCCAACAUUCCCCCAACAUCGAAACAUAAAGGCAGAAGGGGGUGAUUCCAAGGCUGCAGGCACCUCAAAACCUCUCAGCAUUUCGGAAGAUAUAUCCCUGAGUGAUCUGCUGGAGGGCAUAUUAGCCAAGGGUCCCUGAUAAAAGAGCACUUGGUCCAAAAGGCAAAAGAGAGGAUUUCUCAUCUGUGAGCUGUGGAAUUAUGAACUUUCACAUAUGUUGGAUGAGAAUUCACAAAAUUCUCUUCAUUGAUGGCUGGAAGAAUCUUUGGCCCUUAAUGAAAAAACUAAGCCAUGGGUGUUCAUGAAGAAGGUGUGUAUCAAUAAUGCAAAGGAGAACUUGUCAUCCUCAGUCUCUUUGCUUUCAUCUUUUUUUGGCAUGAAUAAAGUGAUUCAUUUUUA